AACCCUCCAGCCGGCUUCUACAAAGAUGGCUACUGUCGCACCGGACCCGAAGACAGCGAGAACCACACCAUCGCCGCCACCCUCACCGACGAGUUCCUCAAAUCCGAAUACGGCAGCGAAGCCUCAAAACAAGGCCUCCACUCCGGCGACCGAACUUGCCUCUCAGCCUCGCACUUCGCCUCCGCCCUCCAAGCUGCCGAAGAUGGCAAACUCAAGAAAGACGCCGUACCUAAAGUGCAUCUGCAUGCCUCACAGGACAAAGCUCUGGAUGUGCUUAGCUACAAGGAUCUGAAGAAGUAUGCGGCAGAG